AUGUCAUUGAGCGAUUGGGAAAACGUAAAGGAGAACAUCCUCCCCAUAAAGUCAGGUAGAGACCCUGCCAAACUAGCAAUGAUGUCUCAACAAAAGUCAGUCGUCAACGAGAAGUUGACCCAAGAGAAGGCUGAGUUUGAAAAGUCGAUUGCAGAGUACAAGUCAGAUGAUCCAUUAGAGUUGUGGACCAAGUAUGUUAGAUGGGUACAGCAAUCAUAUAUUGGUGGAAAUAUGAAGACAGAGUUGAUUGUACUCUUGGAGAGAUGUACAAACAUGUUUGUCCAAACCGAGAAAUAUAGGAAUGAUCAAAGAUACCUGAAACUUUGGAUAAUAUAUGCCGAUAUGUGUAGAGAACCACUAGAGAUAUUCGCUUACUUGGAGACUAAUAAGAUUGGCUCUACAUUGUCAUUGACUUAUGAGGCCAAGGCAAUAAUUUAUGAGAACAAGUCUAAUUAUCAACAGGCCGAUCAAUCAUAUCAGUUGGGAAUACAGCGUGGCGCACAGCCAUUGGAUCGUCUAAAGAAGAAACACGAGGAGUUCCAGAGACGCAUGGUGAUGGCCAUGAAGAAGGCCGCCGCCAACGGCACCACUCCCAUCGGCUCGCUCUCUGUUGCUGCGGAGGAGGCUUCAACACCAGUUCAGCGCGCAGUCCUUGGCACAAUAUCAGGUGGCGGUGCAGUUGGCUCAGAGAGAAAGUCAUCAGUAGUCAAGCCUGGUGUUGGUACCAGCACACAACAACCACAACUUGGUGAUAAACGCAAGAUGCCAUUGGGUAGCAGCAGCAUUGGAGGUGGCGGUGGCGGUGGACUCGGUGGCUUCCAGAUUUAUGACGAUGAGAAAGGAGCCGGAGAUGAGAAUGUAAAGACCAACACCAAGUUCCUGGGCAAAAAGACGGCGAUGACGGGAGAGCAGCCAUCGAUGAAGUGGGAUGAGUUGGAGCCAGAGCUCAACAAGCACAAGGAGAACACACAGAUACCUGCCAAGUGGUCCGAUACCAAGGUGGUCCAGAAGAAGCUCAAGAGUGACACUGGUGCCGUGCCCUCAUUCGAGAUAUUCUGCGAUCCUGCCACCUCACAAGACAUCAGCAGUCCGAUCAACCAAUCCGGAUUCGAUGAGCCACACAGGCUGUCUGAGCAAACGAGCAAGUCACGUGUCGAGCAGAUCCAGAGCAAUCCAUUGGCCAACUUCCCAAAGUCGAUUCAGUCCAAGCCAAGUGUAUCAUCCUCGACGUCAUCAUCAUCAUCCAAGAGAACAACAUCAUCAACGUCGGCGACGACACCAUCAAACGAAAGGAUUGGAUACAAGAAGGAGAUAUUUAUGGAGGCUGAGAAGGAGAUGUCAUUCGAGGAGCUUAGGGCUAGACAUUGGAAGUUACGCCCACAUGCACCUCCAACCACCGCCGGCAGACAACUGCCACAGCAAAAGUACAAUGCUCCACCCUCGCCAUCCAUCACCAUGCACACCAAGGAGGCUCUAAAGGCUGUCAUGUCCUGGUUCCACACACCCAUUGCUUUUGACGAGGAGGAGGAGAAGAAUAAGUCGCAGGUCUUCGAGACCAAGAAAGUGAUCCCACAACAACAACAACAACAGAUUGUGGCUCCAUUGGCACCAGUACCAAUCACACAAAAGACAGAGAACAAGGUGACCAAUGGUGACAUUCUGAAGAAGGCCUUGUAUGGCCAGGAUCAAACUGAGGAGUUCUAUAUUGACAGAGGUGACACUGUGGACACACUGGAUAGGAUUGAUCAGUACAUCAAACAGAGUGCACCACCAGCAUCCUUUGAAAUAUUCGUUGAUGAUGCCGCCACCAAGCCAAUGCCCAAGUCCAACCCAUUGUUUGGCGGUGCUCCUCCCUCAUCAGGAGGCUUCACCAUCUUCCAUGACGCUCCAGCUCCAGCUCCCAAGUCCAACCCAUUGUUUGGCGGUGGUGGCGGUGGUGGCUUCACAAUCUUUGAGGACGCGGCUCCAAACGUCCAGGCCAAGCCAGCUCCAAAGUCCAACCCAUUGUUUGGCAAUAACAACAACAUGGGAGGCGGAGGUGGCUUCACAAUCUUCCAAGAUGCCCCAGCUCCAACCCCAGCGCCCAAGUCCAACCCACUGUUUGGCGCCCUGCCACCCUCAUCUGGAGGCUUCACAAUCUUCCAGGAUGCCCCAGCUCCAACCUCAGCACCAAAAUCCAACCCACUGUUUGGCAAUAACAACAACAUGGGAGGCGGAAGUGGCUUCACAAUCUUCCAAGAGGACGCACCAGCACCAGUACCAGCACCAACUCCAGCGCCAGCUCCAAAGAAUGACAAGAUCAGACAGCAACAACAACAACAUAUCGAUGCCAAUACUACAGCUGCCAUCUUGACCCAAUACCUCGAACUUAAUAUUGUUCCAGAGGGAGGUGUCACCGAGCCAUUCACACAUGAGAACAAGGAGAGCCUCGAGGGCAUCGUCGUGCAGCAUUUGGAGGCGGUCGAAUCAUUCUUCAACAACUCCACUCAGACACUGCCAUCGAUUGACAACAACAAUGUACUCCAACUCAACACCAGCAUUGCCAAGAUGGAGGCAUGUGUCUUCCAGAGCGCCAACUCCUCCAUCUACAAGGUCACCGACGAAUCACCCAUGGCCGCCAAGAUCAGUCGACCGGCACUCGUAUGGCCGUUCUAUGUGCAGGGACAACUUCAAGCGCGUCUGGCCAACUCUGACUCACCAGCGCUCGCCGCGAUGGCUGGCAAAUACAUGUGCUUCUUCUCCCUGUAUCACUACAGCAAUGCCAGUGUGACGCUGAUGGAGUACAUGGAGCAUGGAUCACUGCAUGACAUCAUCCACAACAUCAAGCGCGCCAAGAUAACCAUGGAAGAGCCAUUUAAGAUUUUCCUCGCCAUCGAUCUGCUGCGUAUCGUUUCAUCCAUGCACCAGGUAGACAUGAUACACGCCAACAUCAGUCCCAAGAAUGUGUUUGUAUCGUUGAGCACCGAGCCCAGCGACCACGAUUGGACGCCAGCAAACACUGGCGGCUGGGAGAACAUUGGACUCAAGCUGGGCAGCUUCAAGUCGGCGAUCGACACACAGUUCUACGGCACAGAGGUGAGGUUCACUGCAGCGCCAGGCGACUUGCCAAUCGACGGACACAAGGUCACCAGUUCCGUGCUGUCCACCCGCGCCAACUGGGCACACGACAUUGAUUACAUUGGAAUGGUGCAGACAUUGUACUACCUGCUGUGUGAUGGUGUUGAGCUGGGCGAACAGUCCGUACAACUGGACAACACAUGCGGCGAGUGGCGCAUUGAUAUGACGGGCAUUCGACCAGGAUACCAACUGGACCUAUGGGCCAACAUACUCAACACAUUGCUCAAUCUCACAGAGUGCUCUACCGUGUCACUGGAUGGUCUGAUCAAGACACUCGAGUCCUACCUUUUGGCCAAUCCCACCAAGUCCAAAUCCAUUUACCGACACAUCAGGAAGCUGAGGAUCGACACCACUCUGGUUCAGGCAUAA